CUACAUUUCAUCGCUUUGGGUAUUGCUCGCUAAAGAAAGGCAGUGUCCCGUUAUGAAGCAAGUGACGCCGUACGCAAAGACGCCCAUAAAUUGAGCUACUUGUUUACGCUUCGUUACUGCUCGAUUUGCUGCUGGAGUGGAGUGCUCGAGGCCGAUGACAGUCGACGGGUGACGUUUUGGUCAGCAUCAAUAACAACGCUGCAACGAAAACUCACGCCUGCAAGCAAAACAGUGAAAAAACCCUUUUCAGCAAUUGUAUUCGUUCGCGCACGAAGCGGAAACCAAUUCGUGCAAACGUGUUGACCAUCCGCAUCAUUCACAAUUGAGUGCAAUAUCGAUGGAGAGCGAAGGAUCUUCACCGCCCGCCUUUGGGCCUGCUGCCUUGGGGCUGCAUCCAGUGGGAACGAAAUUUCCUGUCAAAACAACGAACACUCAGCCCAUGCAAGUGCUGAACGCAAGAGGAAUGCCUGCACGGAUCCGGAAAAAGAACCGUCUCUUCUUCGACGACGACAUCAUCAACGACAAAAUCCCGGCCGUAAAGGCAACUCCUAAAAAGACACCCGGUUCGGCCAAGAAACCGUUGCUGAGCAGCAAAACACCGCGCAGGGAGUUAUCUACUUCGCCCCGAAAAGUGUUGCCUCGGCUAUCUUUGAAAAAGAAAUAUUCUUCGCGAUAUGCACACCUGAAACAGAGCGGCCGAAAACGAAAGAUUGACCACGAGGAGAAGGUGCACGACAUUAUGAAACUAAUCAAUACGAGUGCAUCGGCCGAGACGGAAAAAAAACUAGGUCGCCAGUUCCGAAACUUUAUCGUACUUUCCAAGGCGCAUCGGUUUUGCUACUUUGAAUUCUUCUACAGCGACAUCGACCGCAAUCUGUUCGGUGCACCCAGCGAAUUUGACCAGCUGCUGCAAACACACUACCCGCAGCUAAAAACGCACAAUCUCACCCGUGCAGAGUGGCGCAAAAUUCGAGCAUCAUUCGGUAAACCGAGACUGUUCUCGCCCGCCUUCAUUAUGGAAGAACGGCUCGAGCUAGCCCGCAAGCGGGAAAAGAUAAGGGUGCUGCAGGCCAACAGCCUCGGUGACAUAUCGUUCACGGAAGGUUUACCCAGCACCAUCUCGAAGCAAAUUUCGCCAGGCACGAAGGUGACGGCUAAACUGAGGACACCGUUCGAUGGUAUGUAUAACGGUACGGUAGAAGGUUACGUUUCCGAAGCUAGAAGCUACAGGAUCACAUUCGAUCGCACAGGAUUAGGAACACGCCUGGUACCGGAUUACGAAGUGUUUUCGCUGGAAAAGGGCGAUACAAUUAAGCUGAACAGUAUCACGAAGGAUUACAGGGUAGCUUACCAAAAUGCCUCCUUCUAUCUCGCUUCCCCCAAAGCAAAACCGACCAACAGUGCAGGUGAUCCGCUUCUGGGCAGCGACAUGGCGCCCAAGCUGAACACUAGCGGAAGGAAAGUGUUCUUCCCCAAAGAAAACAUCGGAGGCUAUCCGGUGAAGUACCUCGAGCUGAUCGUGCGCACGAAGAAGACGCUUUCGGCAAAACAGAUGAAGCUGCUGCGCUUACAGAACAUAACAUCGGAAGCGCAGAUCUACAAAUCGUACGACAAUCCUCUGCCGGAGGAGUUCCGCAGGCGCUACGCAAUGCUGAUAGUGGCCAUCGAUAAGCUGAACCGCGAUCUUGCUGAUCAGUUGAAUCAGCUGCGCGAAUACGUCGGCAGCUUAACGCACGACCCGGACAUGUUGGCUAUGAUCACGCCCAGCCACUACCGCGAACAGUCCCGGGAGAAGGCUGCCCAGAUUUUCGAGAAGAACAACAAGGGCCACGUUAAGAACGAACACAUUGCCAACCUGAUUAAGCAUCUCACCACCAUCAUGUACCUUGCGUCGAAUGUUAGCAAGAACGACAAGGACCAGCUCAGCGUCAUGGCGUUAAAGGGUGCGAUCGUGGAAACGAGGGAACUGUUGGAACCGGGCAAUGUCGCCGUGUUCAAUCGUAACGUUGCCAACCCGAUGAGCUACAUGGAUUGUCAGCCGAGUUCCUCUAAGUCGAUAAAAACGGAAUAAUAUCAGCAGCGAUACAGGAUGCUGGGCAGAAUAAGAUAAUAACACCCCACCCUAAGGGUUAAGACGUUGACUGGGGCUGGUCAUGAAUUAUUACAAAAACAAUAUUAACAGAAGAGUUUAAACGAGUGGCAGCGUUGGCUCGUACUGUAGCGUGAGUAAAUGUUGUACAAAAUGCAAUUAAAUAAUGAAUAGAUGAUUAUGUGUUUGUGUGUGUGGAUUUGAUAUAGCUUUUGUAAAUUUAGCAGUUGUUCUAAUAAAAUACUUAUUCAAUAAA